UCUCAUUGUUCAAUAAGUAGAUUUGUACAAAAGAGAAGUUCAUUGUAAGUUGAACGAUUUCCAUUGGUGGAUGAGUUGCGCUAUCUGCCUUGUACAUGACAGAGAACACUGAAACAAAUUCUACUCGCAAGUUGGCAGCUUUCAGCUUGGAAAAAUGGAUUGAAGAGAACAGACAGUUUUUAAAGCCUCCCGUGGGUAACCGACUGUUGUACUCUGGAGAAUUCAAAGUUAUGAUCGUUUGUGGUCCCAACUAUAGAACUGACUAUCAUAUUGAAUGUGGCGAAGAGUUCUUUUAUCAACUAUCAGGAACACUUGUUGUGAAAGUGGUUCACGAAGGCAAGUUUUAUGAAGUACCGGUUAGGGAAGGUGAUACUUUUUGUCUACCCGCUGGCGUGCCACAUUCUCCACAAAGAGAGGCUGGCUCUAUUGGUCUCGUAGUAGAAAGACAAAGGAAACCCGAAGAGAAGGAUCAGCUUCGUUGGUACUGUCAAAACUGUCAACAUGUACUGUACGAAGAAUCGUUCCACUGUGUGGAUCUAGUUAAAGAUCUUCCACCUAUUAUCGAGAGAUAUUAUGGAAAUGAAAGUGUUCGGACUUGUAGGAAUUGUGGCUGGUUAGAGCAACCACCACAAUAUUGACAACAUAAAAUAUAUGCAAGUUCA